GUAGAGAAGCCUUAUAGCUGUGGUCAGUGUGGAAAGAGCUUUAAUCUGGCAGGAAACCUGAAAGCACACCAGCUAAUACACACAGGAGAGAAGCCUUAUAGCUGUGGUCAGUGUGGAAAGAGCUUUAAUCAGGCAGGAAACCUGACAACACACCAGGUAAUACACACUGGAGAGAAGCCUUAUAGCUGUGAUCAAUGUGGGAAGAGUUUUGCUCAAGCUUCCAACCUAACUAGACAUCAGGUAACACACACAGGAGAAAAGCCUUACAGCUGUGAUCAAUGUGGGAAGAGGUUUGCUACAUAUUACACAUUCAAAUAUCAUCUGAGAAUUCAUACAGGGGAGAAGCCUUACCCCUGCCUUGAUUGUGGGAAAAACUUUGCGAGUGCAGGAUCCCUAACCAUACACCAGAGUGUACACACAGGAGAGAAGCCUUAUAGCUGUAAUCUGUGUGGAAAGAGCUUUGCUGUGGUUUCCGCCUUGAAUAAACACCAGCGCAUACACACUGGAGAGAAGCCAUAUAGCUGUGAUCAGUGUGGAAAGAGCUUUGCUCACUCAGAUAAACUAACUAUACACCAGCGAACACACACAGGAGAGAGGCCUUAUCGCUGUGAUCAGUGUGGAAAGAGCUUUGCUCGAGCUCCCACCCUGAAUUCACACAAGCGAACACACAGUGGAGAGAAGCCUUAUAGCUGUGAUCAGUGUGGAAAGAGCUUUGCUGAGUUAGGGACCCUGAAUUCACACCAGCGAACACACACUAGAGAGAAACCCUAUGUCUGUCUAUGUGGAAAGAGUUUUUCUCUUUUAGGGCAAAUUAAUAUACACCAGAAAUCAAAAACGUGCCAUAUUUCAUCUCCAUCCUAUACCUGACAGUGGUUAUAGAUCCCUAAAUUAAAGGCUCUAUAGAAAACAUAUCCAUCUCCCAUUCUUAAACAGUUGACUUAGUCUGAUCACCAUGGUAACCUCUGGAGCAUAAUAUGCAGCUCUGAUCUAGGAUCAGGUCUCCCCUGUGUCUAUGUAAUAUCACACAUUGGGAUCUAAAUGGGUAAAUGUUAUCAUAGAUAAUGUCAUAUUGUGUGUGUGUGGGGGGGGGGGUGAUGUUGAUAAUUGUAUCGUCUUUCAUAUACUCAUGAUACUAUUUUUAAAUCUCAUUAUGUAUAAUGUUUCAACAAUAGGUGUAUAUUCAUGUAUUCAAUGAAUCAAUAAAUUAAAUCCAAUAUCUUAUAAACAAGAUAUCACUUUAA